GAUGAAAGACUACUUCUUCAAGCCUCCUAUCAACAAGAUCAGCCUCAACUUCCUAGAUAGACCCCUGGAGAUGGCCUACCGCAGCAGCUACCAGGAGGAGGUGGUGAACCAGGUGCCGGUGCAGACUUUUGCCAGCACCACCUUCAGCUCCUUCCUGGACGUGCUCCUCAGCUGCUUUGUCUUCCUGGCUCUUAGCCUGGCGUGCUUUCUGCCCCCACUGGUCAGCCCCGCCAUGGUGGGCCCUCCCGCCCCGACCGCCCUGGCCCUGACCCCCCUGGCGGGCCUGCUCGAGCUCACCUCCCUGGUGCUCUCCAUACGUAUGGCCUUCUGUCUGGAGGAGGUGCUGAACUGCACCCGCUCCCUGCUCAGGGUGGUCUCAGGCUGGGUCCCUCGCCAUGUGAUAGGAGCUGUGUUGAUCUCUCUGCCCGCGAUCUCCGUCUUCUCCCACUUCACCUGCAGCGCCCACCUGCCCCUCCAGGUGACCAUGUUCCUGUGCUGUGCCACCAUCUUGGCCAUCAUUCAGUUCUGCCACUUCUGCCAGCUGAGUUUCUGGAUGCGCUCAGCCCUCGCCACCGUUACAGGGGCCACCCUCCUACUGCUGCUCUAUAGCCCCCUCCAUAGGACUAGCUCGGCUAACAACAGCUUGCCUGCAGUUGGGGGGAACCUCACUACAUUGAAUGGAGGCUGUCUAGCGUGGAUGACUUCAGAACCAGGCCCAAACCCUCCUCUUCAACCUCUUGACCUCCUUGUCAAAGAGGCUGUUCUGGCCUUCUUCCUGCUACUCCUCCUGGUUUGGUUCCUCAACCGUGAGUUUCAGGUCAGCUACCGCCUCUAUUACCAUGGCAAUGUGGAGGCAGACAAGCACCGCUCCAAAAUUCAGACUAUGCGGGAUCAAGCGGAGUGGUUGCUAGGCAACAUAAUCCCCAUCCAUGUGGCUGAGCAACUCAAGCGGGCCCAGAGCUACUCCGAGAACCAUGAAAAUGUGGGUGUGAUCUUUGCCAGCAUUGUCAACUUCAGCGAGUUCUACGAGGAGAGCUAUGAGGGUGGGAAAGAGUGCUACCGCGUCCUCAACGAGCUGAUUGGAGACUUUGACGAACUCCUCCGCAAAUCUGAAUUCACCAAUGUCGAGAAGAUCAAGACUAUUGGUUCCACCUACAUGGCAGCAUCAGGACUGAAUGUCCAGCAGCUGGCUCACAGUAACCACGACCAUCCGCAUGCCCACUUGAUGGCGCUAUUCAAUUUUGCCCUGGAGAUGAUGGGCGUCCUAGACGAUUUCAACAAGAACAUGUUGGGCUUUGGCUUCAAGCUCCGCAUUGGAUUCAACCAUGGCCCGCUGACGGCGGGGGUGAUAGGCACCACCAAGUUGCUCUAUGACAUCUGGGGGGACACGGUCAACAUCGCCAGCCGGAUGGACUCCACUGGUGUGGAGUGCCGGGUGCAGGUGAGUGAGGAGAGCCAUGCUGUGCUCAGCACCAUGGGUUUAGAGUUCGACUACAGAGGUACCGUAAAUGUAAAGGGCAAAGGUCAAAUGAGGACCUUCCUUUACCCCAAAAGUGGGGGGAACCUUUUGGGAAAUCAAGAGCGGCUUGAGAUGGGCAGCAGCCCUGCAGUCUCUGCCAUGGUGCCACCAGCCAGUAAGACUUUUGAGUCUGUUGCCAAGGCAGCAGCUCCUCCUUGUUCCUCCUCUUCUCACACUCCUCCCUCCUCCACCACCUCCUCAAGCACUCCUCUACCCCAAAGCAGCAUGAUAGUUGGACCUCCAGGAGCCAGGCCAGAACCUGGUCAACCUGAGCCUGUGGAGGUAAGGGAGGAGGGAUAUAGGGACGCUCCAAAACUCUCUGGCCCAUCUCCCACCACAGACCAACACCACCAUCACCCCCCACAACUAGACCCAAAAUCUGGUGCCACGCAAGUGCCCCCCACGUUCUCGCCGGCACCUCUCGCACUUGAAGAGAAAGAGGAUGAAGGCGAGGAGGCCGAUGAGCUGACAUAUCUCAAUGAGGAGUUCUACUCACGUCUUUGAUUCCCCCUGGUCCCUCUGACCUGUUCUCUCUGGCUGCUGUCUCUCAAGACACUGUCUAACCAGGACACUUUGGUUGGAGGUGUGAGACCCCUGCCUAUAGGCGUUGGCGAGGGUGUCUCCUGCGUUUCCAGGAGUUCCAGGCGUGGAUAAAGUCGAGGGAGUUGCUUUCUCCAGCUGCCUGGACAUGAACCAUGGCCAAAGAUACGAGGGCUCCUACUAUUCUUAAUGGGAAUGUGGCUUUGAAAUGGAGGUGGGUUGGACCUGUGUUGAGCGCAGCAAGAUGAAGUGGAGAAAUGGCCGUAAGGGCGUCAGAAGGAAAGGGAGUAUAUUUGUUGUUGAUUUUUUUUUUCCUUCCUCAUUUGUUUCGUUAAGUGCCUUCAAGACUAGAAAACGUGAACCAUCAAAUAGGAGUAUUGAACAAAAAGAAAAUGUUUUAAACAAUGUUUGUAUAGGCUUUCCCUCUUAAGACUCAGAUUUGGGAACGUGCUGUGGACUUCGUUACUUAGAGAUUUUUGUCUUUUUUUUUCCCGGUUUGUCUUCAAUGCAACUAUUUGAUAGAAAUCAUUAUGGUCAUGCCAUAUAAUUUUAUUUUAACUCGAUCAGUCUUCACCCGACUUAAGGGGAAGAAUUUUUAGAUCCUAUAUAAGUGCCAGUGGAACGUGAUGAUCUUAACAGGGAAUUAUGGGUAGAAUGAGGGGAAUUUAUAACAAGCAGUGUUAAUUUAUGUAUUCUUCUUUCACACGAGGGCUUGAUACAGUAUUCAUUCGUGCCAAUCUCGAUACAAAGGGACAAGCUAAAGCUCGCUACGUGGGCGGUAGCGUCGUAGCGGCUAAAUGCACACAGAAGCACAGGUCUUGCACAAACAGUGUUUUCUUGACCACUUGUAUUUGAUAGCCAUUACAAUUAUAUAGCUUUUAUCCGACGCCUGAAAGCACAAAACAAAAUUAGAUAAGGGAAUAUGUUAAAAAAAGGGAUUUUUUUUUUAAAACUCGGAUUAUCACAAAAGUGGGAAGGCACUUUAAAUUUAUUUAAAGCAGAACUGUGAGUGACAAUCGUCGCGUCGUGACCAUCACAGAUUUUAGCAGAUUCGGGCCACGUCCGUUAACGUUGUCGAAGUGGAGAACGGACGCCGGCUGAGGAGCUCCCCUGGUUAACGUUUGACUGUGUUUAAAAGCUGACUUGACUUUUUGUGAAUUUCCAUCCGGUCGUACCUUCGUUCGGUCUCCCCACUACUCGAUCAGCGUCGAUCGACAGCCGAUUAUCGUCCGCCUCUUAAGGGGGGGGGGGGUCCGCUCUUAAGGGGGGGGGAGUCCAGUCUGAACUGCAGCCUCGGCGCUGAGGAGGCCCGCUACUGUAUCCAGUUACUCAUGUUGUGCCACUUUGAGAGAGUGAUGUGUAGGUGCAAUGCAACCUAUCCUUCUGAGCUGAUUCUUUUGUAGUGCCUAAAAAUAUAACAGUGUAUUUUUGAUGGAUUUUUUUUUUGUUAAAGGUUGUGUUUUGUUUUUUUUCAUUGAUGUCAUUGCAAGGAUAGAUCAUGAUUGUAUG